AUGACAGAAUCAAUUGAAACGUGCAGAAGAACCUUCACCAAGACCGCAAUUCAGGAAGCUUUACGAAAAUUAGAAGUUCUAUCCUGGUGUCAACAAAAUUCGCAAUUGUUUGAUUCAACCAAAACAUAUUCUAUCGCCGAACUGCUGUAUGUUAAAAAACGAGAACUGCAUGAAAUUCUUUCUGACAUCAUCGGAUCUAGUGAUGAACCGCUAUCUACUGAAUCAAUCUGUUCAGACAAAGCCGGAGAUUUCCGCGUAAGUAGUUCCUCGGGUGAAGCGAGAGUAUACUACGAUCGGGUCGAGUAUCUGGAACGUUGCAAAGAGAUCCAUCGGUUGAUGAAAAAGUUAAAGGUCCUUAAAUAUCAGUUUCACGAGCAGAACCAAAAACUUCACUUAGAAUCUCAAAUUGAAAUGGCAAAGCAACGUUUCAUCAAAUCCUGGGAAUCAUCACGCAAAGAGCAACUGCAGCACACCAUUUCCGAUCGUGUUGAUCAUCUUGAGAAGGUACUAACGGCGUCCGCUCUCGAUAAAACUCAUACCAUCGUGGCGUCUGCCGCGAUCGAAAAGUUCUACCGGUGGAAAUUGGAAAGUACGGAACAAGAAAUAGAGGACUGGAUGAAUCGUUUCGAUCGGGAAAAGGAGGAACAGGAUUCACGAUUCCAAAAGGUACGCGCCACCGAAAAACACUGGAACGAACUGCACCUCAACUACGAAGAGCGACAGCAUGAAAUUGAAUCGCUGGAAAAGGAGUUGAUCAGCUGGGAGGCGCAAAUGCAGCAUAAGGAGCUGUGCGGUCGGAUGGCAACCAAACUUCAAGCAUGGUGGCGCGGAGUGAUGGUGCGGAAGCGUCUUGGAAGGUUUGGCCCAAUGGGUGGAAAGAAAGCUAAGGGUAAACAUAAAGGAAAAGGGAAACAUAAAAAAUAG